GGCAGGCGGCGGCGCCGCCCGGGCCCAUGGAGCUGGAGAACAUCGUCGCCAACACCGUCCUCCUCAAGGCCCGCGAAGGUGGUGGUGGAAACCGGAAGGGCAAGAGUAAGAAAUGGCGUCAGAUGCUGCAGUUCCCCCAUAUCAGCCUCUGUGAGGAUCUUCGACAAACUCUUGAGCGGGACUACCACAGCCUGUGUGAGAAGCAGCCCAUCGGGCGCAUGCUCUUUCGGCAGUUCUGCGAGACACGGCCUGAGCUGUCACGCUGCGUCAAGUUCCUGGAUGCUGUGGCAGGGUACGAAGUGGCUCCAGAUGAGAAGCGCAAGGAAUGUGGGCAACACCUGAUUGAAAAGCAUUUGAAGCCAAAGAGCGAGGACCAUGUGCCUGAAGUCCCCUCUCAGUUGGUGAGUGCCUGUUGUGAGAGGCUGGAGCAGGAACCUUCCAAGGAGCUCUUCAAAGAAUCCACUAAGCUUAUCCACGAUUACCUGAGCGUGGCUCCCUUUGCUGACUACCUCGACAGCUUGUACUUCAACCGCUUCCUACAGUGGAAAUGGCUGGAACGGCAGCCAGUGACCAAAAACACUUUCCGCCAGUACCGUGUGCUGGGCAAGGGUGGCUUUGGAGAGGUUUGUGCCUGCCAAGUGCGUGCCACAGGGAAGAUGUAUGCCUGCAAGAAGCUGGAGAAGAAACGGAUCAAAAAGCGGAAGGGAGAGGCCAUGGCCCUGAAUGAAAAGCAGAUCCUGGAAAAAGUGAACAGUAGGUUUGUAGUGAGCUUAGCCUAUGCAUAUGAAACUAAAGAUGCUCUCUGCCUAGUGCUGACCCUCAUGAAUGGAGGGGACCUCAAGUUCCAUAUCUACCACAUGGGAGAGGCUGGCUUUGAGGAGCCCCGGGCAGCAUUCUAUGCUGCCGAAAUCUGCUGCGGCCUCGAGGACUUGCACCAGGAGAGGAUAGUGUACAGGGACCUGAAGCCAGAGAACAUAUUGCUAGAUGACCAUGGUCACAUCCGUAUUUCGGAUUUGGGGCUAGCUGUACACGUGCCAGAGGGCCAAACAAUCAAGGGCCGGGUGGGGACAGUUGGCUACAUGGCUCCAGAGGUAGUGAAGAAUGAACGCUACACAUUCAGCCCAGACUGGUGGGCUCUGGGUUGCCUGGUGUACGAGAUGAUCGAGGGACAGUCCCCCUUCCAGCAGCGCAAGAAGAAGAUCAAGCGGGAGGAGGUGGAGCGGUUGGUGAAGGAUGUGCAGGAGGAGUACUCAGAGAAGUUCUCACCCUGCGCCCGCUCCCUCUGUACCAUGCUUUUGUGCAAAGACCCUCUGGAGCGCCUGGGGUGCCGAGGAGCUGGGGCCAGGGAAGUGAAGGAGCACCCUCUCUUCAAGCACCUCAACUUCCGGAGGUUGGAAGCAGGCAUGCUGGAACCCCCCUUCAAACCGGAUCCCCAGGCCAUCUACUGCAAGGAUGUUCUGGACAUCGAGCAGUUCUCCACGGUGAAGGGCGUUGAGCUGGAGCCCACAGACAAUGACUUCUACCAGAAGUUUGCUACGGGAAGUGUGCCCAUUCCUUGGCAGAACGAGAUGAUUGAGACAGAGUGUUUUAAGGAGCUGAAUGUCUUUAGCACAGAUGGCACAGUGCCUCCGGACCUGGAUUGGAAAGGGCAGCCUUCUCCGCAGCCCAAAAAGGGCUUACUUCAGCGUUUCUUCAGCAGACAGAGGUGAGCAGUCUCCCUCCUGGCUGCUCUGCUCAGGGAAAUACCUGGUGGCCCGUGGACAUGGCAAGAUCUGGGAGAGAGGAGUUGUCCUUCAGUGCCUAACCCCUUUCCCCAGCACAGCACGUGCUGCUUGUGUUCUAACUGCCCCCUGAGCCACUAAUCCUGCUUCCCUGCUCUUGCUGCCUUCCCCGCUGCAGGGGAGCCUUGCCCCCAGCCUGAGCCGAAGCUGCCCCCACAUUGCCACUGCUGGGAGCUCUGCUCCCAGGGGGCCACAGGAAGCUCAGGGUUGUCUUUCCUCCCUUGUUCAGGUAUCCAGGACACACAGAAGGGUUGAGAAACUGUAAAGGGUUUGUCACUGCCUUGUGCCCUGACUCCAGCAAGAGGGCUUCAGUUGCCUUUCUGGCCUGAUGAGCCCUGCCUAAGGCAGAUUAUAUCUGCUGGUACUGAGCUGUGCCCUGGGGAGGCUAUAGUCUGGGGAACCCAUCUUCCCCCCAGCUUCUGAGCUAGUCAGCUGUGUGCUCACGUGUAUGUCUGCCAGGAGCCGAUCUCCAAAAUGCAGCUGCGCUGUUCCUCUGCAGACUUGGGGUCCCCUCUAGCUCGAUGGCUCUGUGUAGCUCUCCUGCACACAGCCUGGGGAGCUUGGCCCUUCCCUGCCAGAAAGCAGCUGUAGGCUGGAUUGUGUGACCAUGCUCACCCUCUGCUUGCUGUGCUCCUCUCUCCCUCUUCCCUCUCGUUGCCCUUCUGACUUCAGGACUGUUGUGGAAACUGCAGCGACAGUGAGGAAGAGCCCACCCGGCUGUAGAGCACAGCUUGUUCUCCAGCCCCUGGG